GCUUCCGGGUGCCCUGGCGGAGUGCUUCCGGUCGGGUGACCUUGCUGCCGCUGUCCUGUUGGCGAUGGCCGCCCUGACUGGGCUGCCGGUGCUUUGCCGACGUGGUUUUAAACCAUUGCUCAAUACAUCGUUCCUGGUUAGACCUCUUCUCGCUUCUAGAAGGGCAUCGGAGCCCCCGCUGGCCCUGGCCUCACAGUUUCAUGUGUCUCACCAACAUUCAGCUGGCUCUCGUGCUGCUUCCCUACACUGGACCAGCGAGCGAGUGGUCAGCAUAGCAUUACUGGGUCUCCUACCAGCAGCCUACUUCUGUCCAGGAGCAAUCGUGGACUAUUCUCUCGCUGCUUCUCUCACUCUCCACAGUCACUGGGGUUUUGGACAAAUCUGCACCGAUUAUGUGCACGGAGACACACAGCUGAAACUGGCCAAAGCGGGCAUCAGCAUCCUCUCCACAGUGACCUUCGCUGGCCUGUGCUACUUCAAUUACCACGACGUGGGUAUCUGCAAGGCUGUGGCCAUGCUCUGGAGCCUCUGAUUACUCGUGCCGUCCUCUCGACCAUCCCGGGCGGGCUGCUCGCUUUCAUUCUCCAUUUUAUUCCUGAAUUUCCGAAACAGUGUGUGCGGGAGCAAUUUUUUUGGGACAAAGAGUUGAUGGUGAAUCUGCUGCAAUUUCAGAAUGUAUUUUUCAAACCCACGCAUUGCACACUGAGCGCAGAUGUUGCCUUAUGCAGUGCUGUUGCCUUUUCAAAAUAAAUUGCUCUCACUUCUUUCUGCCUUCCCCUUCUCCCCACUGACCGUGCAUAAAUUCCUGUGGUGAUCUGAUCCACGCAAAUUAAGGGGUUUGACCGUCCACAAAUAAUUUUAUUUGUUGUCCAUUUCCCACCAGUUUAUCUCUCUCUUUCCAAUUCCAACUCCUUUUCCUCCAUGUCCCCCUCAUAUGUUUGCUGUUCAAGCUAAUCAACUCGACUUUUUUGACGUUAAACACCUCAGCGUCUAUGCAAUUCUGUCAUCAUUUGAUGACACCCAUUCAGUGGGGAGUAUUGCCCACCAUCUGCUGCUGACCGCACAGUAGACUCCUUCCCAUUUAACAGCGAGAGAAACUAAACCCCAUCUCACAAAAACGCCAGUCUCAUUGCCGUUCUCAUUAAGUUUACUGUACGCUGCCAACUGGAGUUGCGUUGUGAGUAAAAUAUCUGAACCCUUUGGCUUACGUAAGUAUAACCUAGGCAGCUAUGUCUUCAAGCUUGUCAUCUGUGUUUUAACAGCUAUCCAUCUCUAUAUAUGUACAAUUUUGUUUGUAGAUUUGACCUGAUUUAAGUGUGUUGCGUGGCUAGUCAACUCGCACUUUCAAUGAGCUUCAGAAAGGAUACACUUUGAAUUUAGAUCUCAGUUGGAUGAAAGUUCGGUUUCUUAUCUUGCGUUUUCUACUUGUGAUCACAAUGGAAAAUAAUGUGAAGCAGAACUGGCGAAGGUCAACCAAUGAUCUAUCUACAAGAUCCUGUGGCAUUAAGAGAAAAGUUUCUUCUAGUAUCUUAGCCACUAGCCCUGCAGAUAAAUUGGUCAUUCACUCUGUGGAUGUGCAUGUUUGCUCACAACAUACAGUCACUACAGUUGACAGCAGUUCCCUUUGCGAUGUUUCGCAUUGUAAGUCAGGUGUAUCAAGCUCAAAGGGUAUUAAAUGUGCCUUGGGAGGCUGGGAUGCAGCUGAACAUCUAGCUUUUGCUACGUAUUAACAGUCGACUUAUACGGGAUUAAUGGUCAAUUGAGUGUCAACAAAGGGGGAAGAGAUGGGCUGAAACAUUCUUGAAGAGUAUUCUCAGUAUCUUGAACUAAUAAGUGUCGUAACCAUUCUGUUUGAAAGAUUUCAGGAAAUGCCAUUGCUGUGUGAAUGUCUUUGCCAGCAUUGCAACCAACUCGAUGGCUAGUUUUCAAAGAGACAAAUAAAGAUGGGGUUUAAGAAACAA